CUAAGCCAUAAACCAUCAGAUUUAACUAUUGACAGCUGCUACAUCCAUGCAGACACGGGGCGGGUCUCAUCUGUAGGCCAGGCUAACCUUCUGUUUAUGAUACGUCUGCGUUAGUGUUCAGGUGCUAGAAUCACCACGAUGCUUGGUCUAAAAUGCUUUUUCAAAUGAAGUAUUUAGGGCUGGAGAGAUGGCCCAGUGGUUAAUAAGCUGCUCUCCCAGAGACGCUCGGUUUGAUUCCCAGUACUCACAUGGCACCCUCGGAGGCCACAAACAUCAUGUCCAUAAAGCUGCAGUUAUAAGCAAUUGUAAGCCACUCACAAAGAUGCUGGGACUUGAACCUGGGUCCUCUGCAAGAAUGGGCGGUUCUGAGAACUCCUGGGUGAGGAGCUGAUGUCUGAACAAACCUCUGAAGGGAAAGAAGGCAAGAUCCACGCUCUCCAGUGGCGGAAGAAAUGUCCUGGCAGCUGUCCCACAAGUUCCGGCCUGCGGCAGGAACAUGGCGCACUUUCCCGGAAAAGCAGAGAAACGCAGUCAGCAUGCCAGUCACCAAGUGUCCAAGAAAAUCCGAGCCACUGUGGAAAGGUUGGGACCAGAAAGCCCAGAAGAAUGGACUGAGACACCAAGUGUUUGCUGUGAACGGCGAUCACUACGUGGGCGAAUGGAAGGGCAACUUGAAACACGGGAAAGGAACACAGGUCUGGAAGCAGAGUGGUGCUAUGUAUGAAGGGGACUGGAAGUUUGGGAAGCGAGAUGGCUAUGGCAUCCUCAGUCAUCCUGACCCAGAAACUGGAAAGCUCAAGAGGGUGUAUUCAGGCUGGUGGAAAGGUGACAAGAAAUCGGGCUAUGGGAUCCAGUUUUUCGGACCCAAGGAGUAUUACGAGGGUGAGUGGUGUAGCAACCAGCGCAGCGGGUGGGGACGCAUGUACUACAACAACGGAGACAUCUACGAAGGCCAAUGGAAGAACGACAAGCCUGAUGGGGAGGGCAUGUUGCGGCUGAAGAACGGGAACCGGUAUGAAGGCAGCUGGGAGAGAGGCAUGAAGAACGGGCACGGGCGUUUCUUUCACCUGGACCACGGCCAGCUGUUUGAAGGCUUCUGGGUGGACAACGUGGCCAAGUGUGGCACCAUGAUCGACUUUGGCCGGGAUGAGGCCCCAGAACCCACCCAGUUCCCCAUUCCUAAGGUGGAGAUUCUAGACCCAGACGGUGUGCUGAAGGAAGCAUUAGAUAAACUGAAGAAGCCUGAGGAAGAAGAGGACUGAUGUCAGGGGGACUUGAGGGUGCAAGGCAGAGGAGCAAGGAAGUGGUUUCAGUUCUACUGCCCGAGCUAACCCAGAGAGGAGAGUGAGCCUGCACUCUGCCAUCAAGCCCACCGAGACUUGAGAUUUAAACAUGUCCUCACCUCCUUAGCCUAACCCAAGAAUCCCCAGAGAGCUUUAAAAACUAUGAGCACCCAGGGCCAUCAUGGUGGCCUGUGCCUUAAAUACAGGUACUUGGGAAGCAGAGGUAGGUGGUAGAUCUCUGAGUUUGAGGCCAGCCUGGUCUAUACAAUGAGUGUGUGUGUGUGUGUGUGUGUAUACACAUAUAUAUAUAUUUUAAGAAUUUUUUAUUUAUUUCAUGUAUAUAAGUACAUUGUAGCUGUCUUCAGACACACUAGAAGAGGGUCUUGGAUCCCAUUACAGAUGGUUGUGAGCCACCAUGUGGUUGCUGGGAAUUGAACUCAGGACCUCUGGAAGAGCAGAGCAGUCAGUGCUCAUAACCGCUGAGCCAUCUCUCCAGCCCCCCAGAUCUAUAUAUUCUCUUAAAUUAUUUUUGUGUGUUUGGAUGUUUUGUCUGCACAUAUGUCCAUGUACUAGGUACAUGUCUGGUGCCCAAGAAGGUGUUAUAGAUACUUGUGAGCUGCCACUUGGGUGCAGGGAAUCAAAACAGGGUCCUCUGGCACACCAGCAAAUGCUUUUUUUUUUUUUUUUUUUUUUCCAGAGCUGGGGACCGAACCCAGGGCCUUGCGCUUCCUAGGCAAGCGCUCUACCACUGAGCUAAAUCCCCAACCCCCAGCAAAUGCUCUUAACUGCUGAGCCAUGUAUCCAGCCCAGAGCUCUAUACUCUUAGGGAGUGGAGGUGUAUGUAUGGACUGUUACUUGGCAUGGUGGUGUCUCUCAUCCUAGCACUUGGGAGGCAAAGGCGGGCAAUCUCUUCAGCCUGGUCUAUGUGGAUACCGUGCUUCACAAAGGGAUGGGGGAACGAGGAUACUCUUGUCUAUUUAUUUAUUUAUUUAUUUAUUUAUUUAUUUAUUUAUUUAUUGGUUCUUUUUUUCGGAGCUGGGGACCGAACCCAGGGCCUUGCACUUCCUAGGUAAGCGCUCUACCACUGAGCUAAGUCCCCAGCCUCUUGUCUAUUUAUAAAAGCACAAAAACGGCAAUGGUAGUCACUUCCGGAGACAGCAACCGGGGACAGGAAUGGAGACCAACAUUGUACUGUUGGAACUGGGAGCAAGUGGAUAAUCUGUGUCCAAAAUAAAAGCGAUGCUGGAGUGGA